CGCUAACAAAAAGCAGCACACAGAUCCACAAAACAUGUGACUGGGGUCACAUGACCUGAACACUUGUUAGCUCCUCCUCCUCCCUACAGACAGACUGGCUACUCGAUGAGAGGCUAGCUGUUAGCUUCAACUGUCAAGACGGCGAGAUGAGUUUCCUGGGGGGUUUGUUUGGUCCCGUUUGUGAGAUAGAUGUCUUGUUGAACGACGCAGAAAACCGAAAAACAGCUGAACUAAAAACAGAAGAUGGGAAAGUAGAGAAACACUAUCUAUUCUACGAUGGAGAGUCUGUCUCUGGAAAGGUGAAUCUGAAUGUGAAGCAGGGAGGAAAGCGUCUUGAGCAUCAGGGGAUCCGGAUCGAGUUUGUUGGACAAAUAGAAUUAUUCUCCGAUAAGAGCAACACGCAUGAGUUUGUGGAUUUGGUGAAAGAGUUGGCUUUACCUGGAGAACUCACCCAGAACAGAAGCUAUGACUUUGAGUUCAUGCAGGUGGAGAAGCCGUAUGAGUCCUACACAGGAGUCAACGUCAGACUAAGAUAUUUCCUCAGGGUGACAAUAGUUCGCCGUUUGUCCGACUUAGUGAAAGAAUAUGAGUUAAUUGUCCACCAGCUGGCCACCUACCCAGACGUUAACAACUCAAUCAAGAUGGAGGUUGGCAUAGAAGACUGUCUGCACAUUGAGUUUGAAUAUAAUAAAUCCAAGUACCACUUGAAGGAUGUAAUCGUCGGGAAGAUUUACUUUCUGUUGGUCAGAAUCAAGAUCCAACACAUGGAACUGCAGCUCAUCAAGAAGGAGAUCACAGGGAUUGGUCCCAGUACAACUACAGAGACCGAGACGGUUGCAAAGUACGAGAUUAUGGAUGGAGCUCCGGUGAAAGGAGAAUCAAUUCCAAUCAGGCUGUUCCUGGCGGGAUAUGAUCUGACACCAACCAUGAGGGAUGUCAAUAAGAAGUUCUCUGUACGCUACUUCCUCAAUCUGGUUCUGGUUGAUGAAGAGGACAGAAGAUACUUUAAGCAACAGGAGAUCGUUUUGUGGAGAAAAGCCCCAGAGAAGCUGAGGAAAAGAAACUUCCAUCAGCGUUAUGAGUCACCUGAACCACGAAACCAAACUGUUACGGCAGAGCAACCAGAGAUGUGAGGAGCUGAGGACUGUGAACAAAAAAAAAACACAGACGUAUUGCAGAUCUUCACUGCUGAACAGCUAGACGUGUGAGAGCCGCCUCACUGUCUCCAUGGACUGAGAAACGUCUGUAAACAUGAAUAUACAUAUGCCUUUCUUUCAAACACCCCCAACUCCACACAGGUUGAACUUCGGCUACCUAAUGUCACAUUUCCUCUGGACUGAAACACCUGCAUUCACAUGGGCACAAGUGAACAAUAAAAGUCUGCUAAAUGCUGAA